AUGACCAACCAGCUGACUGAGGAGCAAAUCGCUGAGUUCAAGGAGGCCUUCUCUCUGUUUGACAAGGAUGGGGACGGCUGCAUCACCACCCAGGAACUGGGCACUGUCAUGCGGUCCCUGGGUCAGAACCCCACAGAGGCUGAGCUCCAGGGCAUGGUGAAUGAAAUCGACAAGGAUGGAAACGGCACUGUAGACUUCCCGGAGUUCCUGAGCAUGAUGUCCAGGAAGAUGAAAGACACCGACAGCGAGGAGGAGAUCCGGGAGGCCUUCCGGGUGUUCGACAAGGACGGCAACGGCUAUGUCAGUGCUGCUGAGCUGAGGCAUGUGAUGACCAGGCUGGGGGAGAAGCUGAGUGACGAGGAGGUGGAGGAAAUGAUACGGGCCGCAGAUACAGAUGGCGAUGGGCAAGUGAACUAUGAGGAGUUUGUCCACAUGCUCGUAUCCAAGUGA